AUGUCCACCAGCACCAGCAACAGCAAUGACCAACGUCGACCGGACAAAGUCUUGCGGUACAAGCCAUUCGCCGCCGGCGGGAGUUCCCACUCUGAUGAUUCCAUGCCUGAUUACAUGAACGUCCUUAGUAUGCUCUUCUCAAUGUGUGGUCUGAUGAUGAAACUCAAAUGGUGUGCCUGGAUUGCCAUCUUCUGCUCGGCAAUUAGCUUCGCCAACUCGAGAAUUCAGGAUGAUACGAAGCAGAUAUUCUCCAGCUUCAUGCUCUCCUUCUCUGCCGUGAUCAUGACCUACUUGCAGAACCCACUUCCAAUGACCUUACCCUUUUCAAGUUGA